AUGAACGUCACCUCGGCUGCGCAACUCUGGCUCACCGUCAACCUGAACUGGUCCCGCGCCUCCGACGACGCAACCGCGCGCCGCAUCAUCACGGAAGCGAUCGAGCGCAUUGAGCAAAUGACAAGGGCGCGAGGGCUAUACAACCGGUACAAAUUCCCAACCAACUCUUAUGCAAGCCAGAACCCGUUUGUUGGGUACGGUGAGGGCUCGCACGCUCGGCUCCGGGCGGCGAGUAAGACGUACGACCCCAACGGCGUGUUUCAGAGACUGGUUCCUGGGGGUUGGAAGCUUUAA